CGCAGAGCCCGGCGUUAGAGACACACUGACUGAGCCUCUCCAGGAAUAGCCAUCACCUUGCUAGGGAGCCGAGCCAGCCCCCGCGACUGCAGUGCCUGCUCCCCUCCCCAUGGCCUGCUAGGGAGAGGGGGGAGAUUCCGCUGUACGGUCCCUGGGCUUGUCUGGCGGCAGCAUCUUCCAGCUCUGGCUGCAUCGGUGUCGCCAAUUCCCUCCUGCUCCGGCUUCUCUCCCUCGCCUGGAUGCAGCCAGCGUUAGCCUGAGGGAGUGGCAGGCUGUAUUCCAGAGGGCUGCAGCCUCCGGCUAGGGCUGGGGGGGCCAAGAGGGGCUUGCAAACAGCCUGGAGGGCUCCUCCACAGCCCCCCUGCAAGCUGGAUGCUAAGGAAGAAGGUCUGUGACGAUGGAAGAAGAGGUCCAUCAUCUAGAGGCCUGACUGGGCGACAGUAGGAAAACCCUCCAAGAGACGGGCAGCUACUAGCUUGAGAUACAGAGCGAGACAAACAUGCUGAAGCCAAGUGGACUUAAAAUCCCCGGCAGGGCGGGGAAACACUCCAGCCCCGUGGGACGGGCUGCGGGGACAGCUGCGGCUGCAGCCACUACUGGCUCAAAGGAAGGCUCACCUUUGCACAAGCAGGGUCCCACCUCCACUGCCAGCACCGAGAAGCCAGGAUCAAAGGUCACUGAGGUGGGCGAUGACUUCCUGGGAGACUUCGUGGUGGGCGAACGUGUCUGGGUGAACGGAGUGAAGCCAGGCGUGAUCCAGUAUCUUGGGGAGACCCAGUUCGCCCCCGGCCAGUGGGCAGGGGUUGUUCUGGAUGACCCGGUGGGUAAGAAUGACGGCUCCGUUGGUGGCGUACGUUACUUUGAGUGCCAGCCGCUGCAGGGGAUUUUUACACGGCCCUCCAAGCUGACCCGCCAGCCCGUGGCGGAGGGCUCGGGCAGCGAUGCCCAUUCUGUGGAGUCCCUGACAACUCAGAACUUGUCGUUGCACUCAGGGACGGCUACACCGCCUCUCUCCACUCGUGUCAUCCCCCUGAGGGAGAGCGUCCUGAACAACACCAUGAAAACCGGAAAUGAAUCUGGAUCUAACCUGUCAGACAGCGGGUCAGUGAAAAAGGGCGAUAAAGACUUACGGCUUGGAGAUCGUGUCCUGGUUGGCGGGACAAAAACGGGAGUUGUGCGCUAUGUGGGCGAGACAGAUUUUGCCAAAGGAGAAUGGUGUGGAGUGGAACUUGAUGAACCUCUAGGGAAGAAUGAUGGGGCAGUCGCUGGUACAAGGUAUUUUCAGUGCCCCCCCAAAUUCGGCCUCUUCGCUCCCAUUCACAAGGUGAUCCGGAUUGGGUUCCCGUCCACCAGCCCUGCUAAAGCAAAGAAGAGCAAACGGAUGGCCAUGGGAGUGUCAGCCUUAACUCACAGCCCCAGUAGCUCGUCCAUCAGCUCUGUCAGCUCCGUGGCUUCCUCUGUCGGUGGCAGACCCAGCCGGAGCGGAUUGCUGACGGAAACCUCCUCUCGCUAUGCCCGGAAGAUCUCCGGGACUACCGCCCUGCAGGAGGCACUGAAGGAAAAGCAGCAGCACAUUGAGCAGCUGCUGGCAGAGCGAGAUCUGGAGAGAGCGGAGGUUGCCAAGGCCACCAGCCACAUCUGCGAGGUGGAGAAGGAAAUUGCCAUCCUGAAGGCCCAACAUGAGCAGUAUGUCACAGAGUCAGAGGCGAAUCUCCAGCGAGCACGGACCCUGGUAGAUGGGGUGCAGAAGGAAAAGUUGGAGCUGCUGAACCAACUGGAAGAGGAGAAAAGGAAAGUGGAGGACUUGCAGUUCCGAGUGGAGGAAGAAUCCAUUACCAAGGGAGAUCUGGAGCCCUGUGUGGAGCUCCUUAUCAGUGUCAAGCUUCUCCAUCUGUGCCUGGUGGAAAUCACCUCUCGGAGCAACAGGACUCAGACGCAGUUGGAGCAUGCCCGAAUACGGGAGCUCGAGCAGAGCCUGCUGUUUGAGAAGGCACAGGCUGAAAAACUCCUCAGAGAAUUAGAGGACACCAGGUUAACUACGGUAGCAGAGAAGUCUAGAAUCCUUCAGCUGGAGGAAGAGUUGAGUAUCAGGCGCGGUGAGGUGGAGGAGCUGAGACAAUGCCUAAGGAACUCUCACCAGGCAGAGACCCCUGAGCACAAUCUUGGUCUGCAGUCAGAGGCGCUUCGCCUGCGAGACCAGCUGCUGUCUGCCAGCAAGGAGCACCAAAAAGAGAGCAGCCAGCUAAAGGAGAAGCACGAAAAGACCCUGAAGAAGCACCAGCAGGAGAUAGAGAAGCUGAAAGCCGUCAAUGAAAAAUAUUCCCAGGAAAUCGUUGACCUGAAACACAAAGUUCAACAAGCCACCAAUGAGAACAUGGGGCUGAUGGACAAUUGGAAGUCCAAGCUGGACACCUUGGCAUCUGACCAUCAGAAAUCUCUGGAAGACCUCAAAGCCACCCUGAACACAGGCCCUGACACCCAACACAAGGAGAUAGUAGAACUGAAGGCCGUGGUAGAGAGCAUAAAGAUGGAGCACCAACUUGAAUUGGAGAACCUUAAAGCUAAACACGAUAUCGAGACUGCGGUUCACAUAAAGGAGAAAGAAAGUCUGAAGCUGAAGCUGCAGGAGGCCAGCGACGAAGUGGAAGAAAGCAACAACAACUGGAAAAUGCAACUGGAAACCAAAACAAACCAGCACCUUCUAGAACUUCAGGACAUGAAGGAGAAGUGCCGAGAUGCCGAACUGAGAGUGCACGAACUGGAGAAGCUACACAGUGAAUAUAAAGAUCAGGCUCAAGCAAUAGCUUUCUUGAAAGAGCAGAUUUCUCUGGCUGAGAAGAAGAUGUUGGACUAUGAGACACUACAGAAAACAGAAGCCCAGAGUAAACAGGAGAUCCAAAGAUUGCAGGAAAAAGUGCUUGUCUUAGAGAACAAACUGCAGUCCAUGGAGGCUCUGCAUCCUUCUCAGCAUGCCAAUAUGAUUGAAACUAACGAUAUUUCAGAAGAGAAGAUCAAGAUGAAGCAGGCGAUGGAAGAACUGCAAGAUAAGCUGAGUAAAAGAGAUAAAGAGGUGUCAUCCCUCGCCUCCCAGACUGAAACUCUAAGGGCCCAAGUAAGUGCAUUGGAAAAUAAAUGCAAAGCUGGAGAGAAGAAGGGAGAUUCUCUGUUGAAGGAAAAGAAGCGGUUGGAAGCUGAACUGGAGACCGUGUCCAGGAAAACACAUGAUGCUUCAGGCCAGCUGGUCCUGAUUAGCCAGGAGCUACUCAAAAAGGAAAGGAGCCUGAAUGAGCUGCGAGCUUUGCUGCUGGAAGCAAACCGUCACUCGCCCGGGCCAGAGCGGGACCUGAGCCGAGAGGUGCACAAAGCAGAGUGGAGGCUGAAAGAGCAGAAACUCAAAGAUGACAUCAAAGGCCUGAGAGAAAAGCUGAUAGUGCUGGAUAAAGAGAAAUCGGUAACAGAUCAAAGGCGAUACUCCCUGAUUGACCCUUCGUCAGAGUCUGAGGUUCUCCGGCUGCAGCACCGACUGGUCAGCACGGAGGACGUCCUGCGGAAUGCACUGGAGCAGGGUCAGCAAAUGGAGAAACUCAUGGAGGCCAUGAGAAGUUCUUCGGAGAAAACACAGACUGUUGGAAACUCGGGAUCUGCUAAUGGGAUCCAUCAACAGGAUAAAUCCCACAAGCAGGAGGAGAAGCACUGAUAGAGAAGAAGAGCUGGAGAGGACCAUUUCAUGCCAGUAUCUCCUUCUGCGCCCCAACAGGAAAAGGAUGCACCUCCUAAAGACUAGCAACAGUAUUUUGACUUUAAAAGCAGGACUGUUUAUAAUGUACUAACUGACCUAAGUAGGACAAUCCCUUGGUUCGUAUUUUCUAAGACGAGCAGCAUUCCAGAAGGAGCGGUAUGGCAACCUACCUGUGUAAAGAUCCUUUUGUUUUGCUUUCUUAUCCAUAUCGGUUUUGACUGUGGAAUUUGUAUCGGCCGAGUGAACAAUCUCCAUUCAUCCCACCUGAACAAUGUGGUCUGGUUGAGAGCUGAUGGCUGAAACGUCAUCGGUGAUUCCUAGAACCCUAGAGGAAAUGCAAAGGGGUUUGCUUGGGGCAUUACAAAAUUCCUAAGUGUGCUCCCAAAGGCUGCACUCUCCACGCCAGGUAAUCCCUGACCCUCUCCCCCACCCACCCACCCACCUAGUAUGAAGAACUUCAGAAAUGAGUCAAACCUAGUAGGCUGGCUGUGCUCAAGCCAGUCAACAUGGAUUGUAGAAGAAGAGCUGCUGGGACAGUCCUCCCCCCUCCCCUGCAUAGAAGACCUCUCAGCUGUAGCCCUCGGAGACUCCACUUAGUACUGUAUGAUAGCACAGGUGGUACCUCAUCUGAUUUCAGGUGAUAUAAUUUAUUUCAGCUGUUUGUGAGUCAGUGUUUACUCUGAGUUGAUAAAGGGGAGGGAGCCUCUGGUGGGGGUGAGUACAGGUCUCCUUAGCCUCUCUCCUCUGAGAGAUCUCUUAGCAGCACCGGCUGUGCUGGGGCCCAGAGCCAGGGCCCAUGGGGGUGUUCUGACAUGUGGUGGCACUGUAGGCCCGUACACAGCAAAGCUUUGGAGGCAGCUGGCUAGAGCCUUUGUAUGCCUGUUUGUGAGGGUCUGAGUAGAAAACCCACACACGGGAUGCAGUCGCAUGGGACAGAGGCUGCUAGGCUCUGGUUCCCUCUCCACUGCUAUCCACAGAAUGGUACUCACUAGGUGGAAGAGUUGGGCCAGCCUAGCAGUAGGCUGCUUUGGGGUUGCCCCUACCGUUCUCAGUACAAUAUCCGAAGGGAGAGGGUAACAUGUUGCUGGGAGCAUUCGUGCAAGAGUGCCUUAUACCAGGGACUGAGGAGGAUAGUGAAACAAAGGCCGUCUAGAGCAGGAGAGCUCCAGCUGUAACCAGAGCAGAUUUCUGUUCUUUCCUCUAUUUGCUGGGCACCUCAGACUCCCCCUACUUGCUGAAAGUGGGAGUUCGGGGUGCAGGUUUGGGCCCCAAAACGACACUGAAGGGCACAUUUGUAAAGCAGGAGCUCCAUGCCAUGUGCACAGAAAUCCAGGCACAACUGAGCACCCAGAUUUGCACAAAGAACUGUUGCCGUUGUGGGUGCAGAGAGCCAGUUGGCCACCUCUGUAUCCAUCUGCAAUAACUAUCCAUGCAGGAGGAGGAACCCCAUUGCCUGUGUGUAUUUGCACAUGGACCGGUCCCUAUGCCAAGGGCUGUAUUCUAGUCUCAGUCUUUGCACUAAACUCCCAUUGGGCUGAGUGGGAUGAUACUUGGGUGGAGUGAGGGUGGAAUAUGGUCCUAAGUGUCUGAGACAAACCCCUGGCUCUGAAAAGGAGCAUUCGCCUUUCGAUACCCUGGGACCAGAGGGAGCAGCAGCAGAUUCUUAGGCUCCAUUCAACCCCCUGAUGGGGAUGGGGCAGCUUCCCAAGGGGGGAUCAGUACCUGGAAUGGGGGGCAGGGCUUGGAUUGACAUAUUGCAGCACCAGGGAAACAAUGGCACCACCAAUGGCAAUCCCCUGGUUCUGGGGGAGAAGCGGCUCGUCAUGGAAACAAACGACUGUUCUUGAUGCUGUUUGAUACUUCCCCCUGCCCUCCUCCGAGGGAAUUAAUUGCAGAAUCCCUUUUCGGAGGUACACAAAUCAAAUUGUUUCCUAUUUCUCUGGAAAUGCAGCAUUUUUGCCAUAUUUACCAAACGACGUUAGGGUGUGAACAGCUCCGUCUCUUCUCUGGAGCCUCUCUGAUAUGCCUAGAUCAAGUCCACCUCUCUGCUCCGCUCUCCACUGCACAUCCUGGGCUAGAACUCCCGUGGACGUGGACAAGAGCUCCCAGCGUGGCAGGACACGGCAUAGGUGUGAAGCAGAACCGUUGCACGUGAGCUGGGAAUCUGGCCCUUCGUUUUCCUGUCUGAUUUUUCUUCAGCCACUUUGGCUACUCUGAAAUUCUCCAGCCGCACGGAGUCUGGGGCAGCCCGGGGCAAACUGGGAAAGAGCUUUGCCCCAUCCCUCCAAGUCUCCUGCACUCGGGAAGCCACCAGACCUCUUGCCGGGCAGUGAAAUAGAGCUAGGCCCUUUUCACCUGGUGGGGAUGGUGGAGACCGGCUCUGUUUCAAUGGUUGAGAUAAGGAGGUGGGUUCAGGAAAGUGAGGCAUGUUGGGAGAAGAAGCCUAAAUUUGGCUAAUGAGUUGAGGGUUAACGGGAGUUGGGGUGGGACAGGUCCUGCGGUGUGGAACCAGCCCCCUCUACCUGCAUAGAAGAAUAAAGCACUGAUCAUUGCCUCAGGCUUGGAUUUUCAAAGAGCCUAAGGCCCCAAAAGCUCCUUGUCUAUCAGUGGGACUUGUCACCUGACUCCCCUAGUCUCCUUUGAAAAGCCCAGCACAAGUGUGUCAAAUGUAAUAACCAAGCAAAACUCAGGAUCAGCAGGAGGUGCCGUUUUGAUCAUUUUGGGGGCGGUAUUUUCAGAAGUGUCCAGCAUUGGCUGCCUGACUCUGCUCCUGCUGAAAUUAAUGGUCAAAUGCCCACUGACCUCAAUGGGAGCAUGCGGGGGGCUUUGGAAAACGCCUUCCAGGGCUUAGGGAAGGCAGCACCCAUGUGAGUGCACAGGAGUUCCUGGGACUUACCAAGUGGGAAGGGGGCGGGGGUCGAUUUUGUAAUCCAUCUAUAUUUAUUUUCUGUCUCGUUUGCAAGUGACAAGCCCCCGUUAUUUAAAGAGGAUUAAAUGGCAACUUUCUGCGUCGCUUUGCAACCCUCCUGCUUCCCCGGGUUCAAACAGGAGCUGCCCGCUGGGAGGUGUGCUCUGUGGGCUGGGCUGAAUGGGGCAAAGCUCUGAAGCGAGUGGCACUGCCCUGAAACCAGAGGAGAAUUUGACCUAUCAGGCCAGUGCACCUGAGUCCAUUUGGUGACAGGGAGAAGGUAGAAGAGAGCUUGCAUUGUAAGCUAGCUUUGACUGUCUUCUCAGGAUCUAAUGCUCUCUAGGAUAUAACUGAGGGGAGAGUAGCCUUCCAGGGAUAGGCCUGGAUGGCCUUACCACAGCAAUGGGCCACACUGAAUCACACGCUGUCAGGGCUCUGAGUUUGCCCUUUUUGGAAAGAGAUCUCUGCACAGAGAGCACCAGCGUGGGGCGAACCCGUUCUGGGACACACCAGUGCAGCCCCAGGCUCUGCCCCUGUGCACCCCGCCAUGUAGGCUCAGCGCCCCAUUUCCAGCUCGCCCUGCGGGUGGGAGAGUUACAACCGAAACAGAUGCCCCUGCUCAGGAGAGCCCAGCCAGGAGCUGCAUGGCUCAGGAAUGCAGAUCACAGAGGGUGCAUUUCCUCCCUGUGCGGCGGGGCCAGCACGAGGCCUGUGUUCCGCUGAAGUCCUGCAGAAGUGAAACAGGCACCAGAGACAGCGGUGAGGGAUUUCCCUAGUGCACACAGCUCAUGCUGGCCCUCUGCUCAGGUGCCAGCUGCACCCACAGAUUUUAGGAGACCAAAUUAGAACGAAACACAGAAAGUGACAAGUCAGAGGGUCCCCUUCCACCACUUUUAUUUCUAAGCUUCUCGCGACUUUUGCCCAGUACAGUGGCACAUAAAGUACUCUGCAACAUUCUGUGUAACUGGCAUCCUCGGUAUUUUUUUUGUGUGGGGGAAGUGGAGGGGGGGUCAUCAAAGGGAAGUUAUGCAGCCAACUCCCAUUGGCAGUCAGUAGAAGUUGGGUGCCUAGCUCCCAUUUGAAAAUCUCCUGUCAGCGUUAAUCCCAGGGAUCUUGUUCAGAGCUUCAAAUCUGAAGUAAGAUAGGGGGCUGCAUUCUCCUCCGUGACCCCCAGGGUUGUCUCCAUUGCAUGUUCCAUGCUGAUGUCACACCCAGGGCUGUGUGCAGAAUCUGCCUCAGGGAUCAACAACUGCAGUGUGGGUGAGAGGGGAGAAUUUUUCCUCUCCAGUCAAGGGGUCUUGCGUGAGAGCUAGUGACCUGGAAAAGCAGUGCUGAGCUGUCUGCUCCACCCAUGCGCCCUUCCCAUCCAAAGAGCAAUUAAGGGCCUGCACAGUGGUUGAAUCCGUAGGAAUUAUGAGUCCACGCUGUUGAAAAUUGGACUUUCUAUCCAUUGUAUUAGUUCAGUGGCUGGAAGAGUUUUUUGUUUUGUUUUCCCACUGAAGGCUGAGAAAUCAUCUGAAGAAUAAAGUCUCCAGGCCAGCCGGAGAGGCUCUUGAAGCUCCAGAUUAGCAACCUUUUCCGCUCAUCCUAGCUAAAGAGAAAUCUUACAAGCAUUUGGAUGGCAGCACUGGCUUUAUCCUUUUCAGAGUUCAGAAAAGUGAAGUGGGGACACAGUCCCAUGCUAACACCCUUACCCAGUCAUGGGUCCGAAAUUUAUAGUCGAGACAUAGCAGCUACUGCCCCAUCCCCUCCUCUGGUCAGUUCCUUUGACUUUCAGUGGAUAUGCAUGAUGGUUUCAUGAAACCAAACAAAAAGAUGCAAAUGAAACCUUCACAAGAUUCCAAUACCCCGUUGUUACAGCAGCUUUUAGCAGUUCACCACUAUCUUGUAGGGAAUUAUUAAUCCACUAAAAUCUAUAGGCCUCCAUGUAAGUUACCAGAAUAAAGGCGAUAGUAGAUGUAUAAAUGGAUGAUAACAUUUUACCCGUACAGUAUGUAUUACAAUUUUGUAGCUUAGUCAUUUUUUUGGCUAUCGAAUUUUGUGAGUAAGAUAAAAAAAAAUGGUUUGACUGCUAAUGUUUAUUUUGUUAUUUGAUUCUUUUCCCUCCCCUUCCUAUGUACAAACGCUGUACAAAUCUGAGUCCAUUGAGUGUAACUACAACCGAUGUGUAUUAAUGUACCACAGACCGCAAUAGUGGCUUGCUAAAGUGUGGUGAGCUCAUACUAAAACAAUAAAACUUGUGGCUGAA